CUGCGUGCUCAGGUGCUACUUCUACAAACAAACAAUGUUGUUAUUCUUUUGCGUUUCUCUCGCGUGUCUGUUUUAUUCUUCAGCCAAGCGAAAUGACAGCCCGUUAUCGGUAAGAAUACUGGCUCAAGAAAUUCUUUCCCCUAAACCAAAUCAAACGGCUUACAUUGCCGCCUCUUAUGUCAAGUUCCUGGAGUCGGGAGGAGCGAGGGUUGUGCCUGUCAUGCUUAGUCAGACACUGGAGGAGUACAAGAGACUGUUCAACUCCAUAAACGGGAUCCUUUUCCCAGGAGGAAGGGCCAGCAUCAUCUCCUCUAGGUACCAAAGAGCCGCACAGAUCUUUUAUGAGCUCGCAGUCGAGGCAAACGAGAGGGGCGACUAUUUCCCUGUGUGGGGCACCUGUCUUGGAUUUCAGCAGCUGUUAUAUUUCACAAGUGUAAAAUCGACGCUGUCGUAUACCAAUACGAGUGGUGUGACGUUGCCUCUGAGCUUCACUGAUGAAACCAAAGGCAGCAGACUGUUCAAAGGCUUCCCCGCUGAACUCAUGGAAGAUCUGGCUUCUGAGUCGCUGACGGAACACUCUCACAAGUUUGGUUUGGCAGUGUCGGUCAUUAACACAAAUGAGGAGCUGAAGAAGUUUGACAAAGUUAUCUCCACGAAUACGGAUGGAACGACAGAGUUUGUGUCAACGUUUGAAGCAUAUGAUUACCCAUUUUAUGGGACGCAGUGGCAUCCGGAGAAAAAUGUAUUCGAAUGGCGGAAUCCUUUCAUUCCACACUCUCCAUCAGCAGUAAAGACCACCUUCUACAUGGCUGAAUUCUUUGUCAGUGAAGCCAGAAAGAGCUUUCAUAGAUUCAGAUCUGAGGAGGAGGAGGAGGAGGAGGAGGAGGAGGAGGAGGAGGAGAGAAAAGCGCUGAUAUACAACUACAAGCCUGUUCACACUCGGCCCCAAAGCCCCUUUGAGCAAAUGUAUCUAUUCUGA